AACCCGCCCUUCCUGCUGCCUUUUCCUUUUUUAGGCGUCUCGGAGAGGCUGAGGAGCCACCGUCGCUGCUGUUGUUGUUGCCGCGCCCCGCCUUUUGCUGUCGCCGUUGCUGUUGUUGCUUCCGACCCGGGGAAAAGGGGAAGCGAAGCGCGUCGUAUGUCCGCUAUCCAGAACCUCCACUCCUUCGACCCCUUUGCUGAUGCAAGUAAGGGUGAUGACUUACUUCCUGCUGGGACUGAGGACUACAUCCAUAUAAGGAUCCAGCAGAGGAACGGCAGAAAAACCCUCACCACAGUCCAAGGCAUUGCCGAUGAUUAUGAUAAAAAGAAACUGGUGAAGGCCUUCAAGAAGAAAUUUGCCUGCAAUGGUACUGUGAUUGAGCAUCCAGAGUAUGGAGAAGUGAUUCAGCUUCAAGGAGACCAACGGAAGAAUAUAUGCCAAUUCCUCAUUGAGAUUGGACUGGCUAAAGACGAUCAGCUGAAAGUCCAUGGGUUUUAAGAUUUGUGGGUCACCAAAGUUUCAAGGGCGAUGACUUCCCUGCUAUGAAAGAUUCUUUGUGUCCUGCCUCAUUAGUUUUAACCAAGCCAGCUUGCAUAAUGUAAUCACAUCAGGUUCCUUUUAGUCUGGACUAGUGUAACUCGGCAAUGUAAUAAACUGACAAGAGCUCGUG